AAGGCGGUGGCAGGGAUGCAGCGACCCGGGCCUUUCAGCACGCUCUACGGGCGGGUCCUGGCCCCACUGCCCGGGCGGGCCGGGGCUGGGGGCGGGGCCUCGUCAGGGGGCGGGGGGAGCUGGCGCGCGGGAGAGCCGCACGUGCCGCCGCCCCAGCGCGAGCCCUCGGGCGGCGGGAGCGGACACGUCGUGGCCUCGGCCGCGGCCCCGGCCCUUGCGCGCUCCCCGCCUGCGGCCGCGCUUCGCGCGCUCCCGCCCGCACUUGUAUUCCAGCCCGCGCCCCCGCCCUCACACACAUCCCGGACCAUGUCCAAGACGGAGGAAGCAAAGCGGCUUGCCGGCCGGGCGGCGGUGGAGAACCACGUGGAGAAUAAUCAAGUGCUGGGAAUCGGCAGCGGCUCCACCAUCGUCCAUGCUGUCCAGAGGAUUGCUGAAAGAGUAAAACAAGAAAACCUGAAUGUUGUCUGUAUUCCUACAUCCUUUCAGGCCCGGCAACUGAUCCUCCAGAAUGGGCUCCCCCUGAGCGACCUGGACCGGCACCCCGAGCUGGAUCUGGCUAUUGAUGGGGCCGACGAAGUGGAUGCCGACCUCAAUCUCAUCAAAGGUGGCGGAGGCUGCCUGACCCAGGAGAAGAUCGUCGCCGGCUACGCCAAGCGGUUCAUCGUCAUCGCCGAUUAUAGGAAGGAUUCGAAGAACCUCGGCGACCACUGGGUGAAGGGAGUCCCCAUCGAGGUCAUCCCCAUGGCCUACGUCCCCGUGGCCCGGGCGCUGGCCCGCAUGUUCGGCGGCGUGGCCGAGCUGCGCAUGGCGGAGCGCAAGGCGGGCCCCGUGGUGACGGACAACGGGAACUUCCUGCUGGACUGGAAGUUUGACCGCGUGCACCCGUGGAGUGAGGUGAACACGGCCAUCAAGAUGAUCCCCGGCGUCGUGGACACGGGUCUGUUUAUCAACAUGGCUGAACGAGUCUACUUUGGCAUGGAAGAUGGCUCGGUGAGCGUGCGGGAGAGGCCUUCUCACUGACCGAGGCCCCGCCGGUCGCCGAGGCAGGGAAGCCUGGGAGCCUUUGCCUUAAUGUAGUUGCCUCGGGCCGGCCGGCUGGAGUAGGGGGUCUCAGACAUCAUGGAACGCCCCCCUUCUUUUUUAAGGAAAUAGAGAAGCCGAUAUAUUUUUUCUAUCUAAAAAUACUCACUUUUUUAAAGAAAGAAAAAAACAAACCUGGUUUCAUGUUUUAUAUGAAAUAUUAAAAAAAAUCCAACACAGAUUUUUGAAUCCUUGACACGAGGCUGCUGGUUUCUCAUUAAGUUUCUGAGUGUUUGGUUUUCUGGGGGAGAACGUGAGCCCCUGUGCCAGCAGCCCCUGAUGCCUUACUGGAACCGCCGACGUCCUUCAUGCCUUCAUUCUUGUUCGUUGGUGUGUUUUGAGUUUACCUUUUCAUGGCUCACCAUACGUAGUCACACUCGACAGGUCCUUUGGGGACCCGCUGUUUGGACCUCAGUACCAUCUUCCCCCACACACGGAAGCACACAAACCCUCGGGCCUCCCUGCCAGGAAGGACUUUCCCAGGACCACCCAGACGGCUGGGAGAUGCCUCUCCCGAGGCGGAUUUUUUUCUGUUGUCCUUUUUUGGAGUUUUUGUUUGCCUUGCUCAGCCUCCUCUUUGCAUUCUGUGUGUGUGUGUGUGUGUGUUGAAAUAAAAAACACUCUGUGCCACUUCA